GCUAUGGAAUAUGAUGAGAAGCUGGCCAGGUUCCGACAGGCCCACCUCAACCCCUUCAAUAAACAGCGUGGUGAGAAGCAUGAACAGGGGCCUGGAGAGGAGGCCCCACAGCUCACCACUGAAGAGGCCGCUCCGGAGCUGUCCCUGCCAGAGCCAGAAUUCCGCUGUGCUGAGUGCGUGAUGGAUCUUGGCCUGUCUGAGGACCACUUCUCCCGGCCUGUGGGCCUCUUCCUGGCCUCGGACGUGCAGCAGCUGCGCCAGGCCAUUGAGGAAUGCAAGCAGGUGAUACUGGAGCUGCCUGAGCAGUCAGAGAAGCAGAAAGAUGCUGUGGUUCGGCUCAUCCACUUGCGAUUGAAGCUCCAGGAGCUGAAGGACCCCAACGAGGACGAGCCCAACAUCCGAGUCCUCCUGGAACAUCGCUUCUACAAGGAGAAGAGCAAGAGCGUCAAGCAGACCUGUGACAAGUGUAACACCAUCAUUUGGGGGCUCAUCCAGACCUGGUACACCUGCACAGGGUGUUACUAUCGCUGUCACAGCAAGUGCCUGAACCUCAUCUCCAAGCCCUGUGUCCGCUCCAAAGUCAGCCACCAGGCCGAGUAUGAGCUGAACAUCUGCCCAGAGACGGGUCUGGACAGCCAGGACUACCGCUGCGCCGAGUGCAGGGCGCCCAUCUCUUUGCGAGGCGUGCCCAGUGAGGCCCGGCAGUGUGACUACACGGGACAGUACUACUGCAGCCACUGCCACUGGAAUGACCUGGCUGUCAUCCCUGCACGUGUCAUCCACAACUGGGACUUUGAGCCCCGGAAGGUGUCCCGCUGCAGCAUGCGCUACCUGGCCCUGAUGGUGUCGAGGCCAGUCUUGAGGCUUCGGGAGAUCAACCCUCUGCUGUUCAACUAUGUGGAGGAGCUGGUGGAGAUCCGGAAGCUACGCCAGGACAUCCUGCUAAUGAAGCCUUACUUCAUCACCUGCAAGGAGGCCAUGGAGUCACGCUUGCUCUUACAGCUCCAGGACCGGCAGCAUUUUGUGGAAAAUGAUGAGAUGUACUCGGUCCAGGACCUGGUGGACGUGCAUGUGGGCCGUCUCAGCUGCUCAUUGACAGAGAUCCACACUCUCUUUGCCAAGCACAUCAAGCUGGACUGUGAGCGGUGCCAGGCCAAGGGCUUCGUGUGUGAACUCUGCAGAGAAGGGGAUGUGUUGUUCCCCUUUGACAGCCACACUUCCGUGUGCACUGACUGCUCAGCUGUCUUCCACAGGGACUGCUACUAUGACAACUCGACCACAUGCCCAAAGUGUGCUCGCCUGACUCUGCGUAAGCAGUCACUCUUCCAGGAUCCAGGCCUCGGCAUGGAUGGCUAG